AUGUGGGCAUCGUUUAUGGCUAUGAUGUUGUUAAUUCUUUGGAGUGGAAGUGAGUGCAAAAUUUUUAAAGGCCGAAUAGUUAGGUAUCGAAACAUUACUCCCAUGGAAAACUGGUAUGGGAGGCGUGAAACAGCAAUUCUCAAACGUGAGGUAAAUCUUCUUGACAUGCUGCGCACUCCUCUGAUGCUUAGCUUCAACAGAAACAAUGCUUUUUCACCGGUUGGAGGAAGAGACAAAGAGUACAUAAGACAGCUACUGGAAUCGCGAAAACCUCAAGCUUUUGCUGAACGACUGUAUUCACAAUAA